AUGGAACCCUUGCUCCAACUCUUCUGCUUCGCCAACUCCAUGGACGUAUUUCUUAUGACCGUGGGCGCUCUGUCAGCGUUUGCGACAGGCGCCGCCAUCCCGCUCCCCAUUCUCUUGAUUGGGAACGGCGUGUCGGCACUCAAUCCCACUGAGGGUGGACAUAGUCUCUUGGCCCAAGUAACGUACAUAUCGCUGAAACUCGUGUGGAUGGGGAUCGGCGCCACCGUCACGGGGGGUUCCUUCAAGUCAUGUGCUGGUCCAUCACGGCGUCGCGGCAGUCCCAACGCAUGCGACAAGCGCUUCGACGUCAACGACUCUGCAACAUUCGCCACGACAGUCUCCAACACGUCUACACUCAUCCAGGACGGAGUCGCUGUGGGGAUAGAAGCUAGGCGGGCGAUCCUCAGGUUCACGCCCGUGAUCGCCCGCAGCGUCGUCGCAGAAGAGGCUCUGUCCAACAUGCGCACAAUCCACAUAUUCAACGCCGUGGCCGCGACCUCGGACAAGUACAGCAUGGCCUUAAUCGUGGCCGAAGCUGCUGACAUUCGAAAGGGGCUCGUGGCGGUCGCUGCGUCGGCAGCAGUUGCUACGACGGCGGCGCCGGCUUGGUCUGGAUCAUCACAGGUGCCAUGUCGAUGGGGCAAGCGGGGCCGUGCAUUGAAGCCAUUGUCACGCUGCCGCCUGUACACGAUCAUCGACCGGCCGUCGUUGAUCGAUCCAAUGGCCGCGGACGGACGGCACCAUGUUGGGCGCGAUCGAUCGUCCAAGUGGGCCAGGGGUACAUCCUUCGUAUUGCGACGGGGGCGACGGGCGGUCCCAGCGGGCCCAAGUGCAAGCCGCCACCAAGAUGGCCACUACGCGUUCGAGGACUGGACACGACUGUGGGUGAACGGGGGGGCGCAGUUGAGUGGUGGGCAGAAGCGGCGCAUCACCCUCAUCGUCCGCGUCAUGAUCAAGAACCCCGCGGUGCUGACCAGUUUAGAUGCCCCCUUGACGCUCAAGAACCGCACGACCGUCAUCGUGGCCCCAUCCAUUCAACACACAGACUUCAUCGCCGUGUACGCCGGCGGCGGCAUCGUCGAGCUCGGCAUGCGUGACCAACUCCUGCAGUUGCCGAGGGGUGGCGUUUACCGAACCCUUGUGUCCAAACAAAUGUAG